GACAGGAGGACGCGGAGCUGCAUUCCCAUCAUUCUGUGAGGAGAGGAGGACCCCCCUGCGCACCCACGACCGGAGGAGACGCCGCGCCACAGAAGAACAUUCUCAAAAGCAAGAAUCCAAGUCCAGCUCUCUGCCCGCCACCAUGUCAGCUGGAGGAGACCUGGGGAACCCCCUGAGGAAAUUCAAACUGGUGUUCCUGGGCGAGCAGAGCGUGGGGAAAACAUCUCUCAUCACUAGAUUCAUGUAUGACAGUUUCGACAACACAUAUCAGGCAACCAUUGGAAUUGACUUCUUAUCAAAGACGAUGUACCUGGAAGACCGAACAGUAAGGCUCCAGCUGUGGGAUACAGCUGGACAGGAGCGUUUCAGGAGCCUCAUCCCGAGCUACAUACGAGACUCUACAGUAGCUGUGGUCGUGUAUGACAUUACAAAUGUGAACUCGUUCCAGCAGACCUGCAAGUGGAUUGAUGAUGUCAGGACAGAGAGAGGAAGUGAUGUCAUCAUCAUGCUCGUCGGCAACAAAACAGACCUGGAAGAGAAGAGGCAAAUCACGAUCGAGGAAGGCGAGCAGAGAGCCAAGGAGCUGAACGUCAUGUUCAUCGAGACCAGUGCCAAAACGGGCUGCAAUGUCAAACAGCUGUUCCGUCGGGUUGCAGCAGCCCUUCCUGGAAUGGAAAGCUUGGACGACGCAAAUCCUGAAGGCAUGAUCGACAUCAAGCUGGACAAACCGGCAGAGCCUAGUGUCCCCGAGGGAGGGUGCUCAUGUUAAUGCAGAGCUGCUAUCGGACAGCUCCCUUCACACCAUAGGCUUGUUGUGUUGCUUACUACUGGUUAGCUUCCAGUUGACUUCUCCGAUUGGAUAUAGGACCUUGGCCUUGUAUCUGAUUGGACAAAUCAAAUGUUAUCUCUCAGUCUUGUUCAGUUGUAAAAUAUUGUAUACUUUGUCAAUAUGUAAGUGACUAUCGGAGUUAAGGGAUGGAAAAAAGAAAUCAUUGACAUGAAGAUGACCAAAAAAACAUGAGUUUUGGAAAAAUGAAAAAGGGAGAAAAAUUGAACAACCAACGGAGUUCUUUUCGCUGUUAUGUUUUGUAUUUUUUUAUAUAUAAAAAGGGAAAGCACCAAAAAUGAUGCCUAAACACAGAAGGAGAAAAAGUGGGGGCCGAACACGUCUGAAUGUCUGCAGCACGCAUGCACGCUGAUCUGAUCCUUGACCUUUGGCCUGCCCUCCAGGGUCCCUGCACUCUGGGAGGAGGUUGACUAUCUUAGAAUGUUUUAUAGCAUCUCUCUAUAGCAUCUCAUGACAAAAAACGUAUCUCAUUUGAUAUUCCCACAAGAGUCAACUUCCAGUAGGUUCACCUAACAGUAGCUGUGAAAAUGUGGCACUCUAUCUCUCUAUGGGUUUAACUUUUAUAGAACAAACUGUACUGUGGUUAAACAAAAAAAAGAAGUAAUACAAAGACAACUUACUAUCACAACUCCCCCCUCCCUGAGAACACUCCUCUCCUUCGCCUCCUUUCCUCCCUUUAUCCCUCCCCCCUUCCAGUCGCCCCAUCCCUCCAUCCUGGUAAUACACAUAACGAUCCACUGUAAUGCACUGCACUGUAUAUAAUAAUGUAAUAUGUAUGUUGUGAACGUCCCUCUGUAGAAGUGGUCCUUGUUCACCAGUAUGAAUAAUGUAAUAAUGUUUAAUGAUUAAUAAAUUACAAAUUAAAGGGCUUCACUCUCCUAACCAUCAA